AUGAACUCCUACCCACCUGAGCUGCUCGUGCAGCUUGCGCCAGUCAUGUUUGUUGCUGGGCUUGAGGUGCCCCCUCCGCAUCAGCCCCAGACCCCGGCUAGCGCAUCGGCGCAUGCGCCUCCUCCCAAAACACCCACCACCCCCGCUCAACAAACCCAGCGUCAAGACCCGUUCAACGUCCUGUCCACGCGUCUGCGCGAUGCCCUCCUUGCGCAGCGCAAGGUUGCGAUAUGGCAGCCCGAUAAGAGCAAGACGUUCCAGGUCGUGCUCGUCGACAAGGACGUCCCGUUUCCCCCGCGCAAAAUGCUGCGCCCAGACGAACCCGGGCACAGCUCCUCGCACUCGCCCUUGUCCCCUCUGACACCAUCCUCUCCGUUACAUCCGGACGGCCUCAUCGCCCCUAUAUGGAUCCGGAAACACACUACACUAGUGCCCUCAGUGUUCGUCCUCUUCAUGCGCAUAUACGAGUCGCCUCCACCACUACCCGGGCAGGAGCAGAACGAGAAGGAGAGGGAGGCGGAGGAGCGGAGGCGGGACACGGAGCUGGCGGCAGAGAUCGCUCAGCGCAAGAAGAGUACGAACGAACGUAACAUCAAGCUCACCGCAGUCCUCAUGGCGAGCAGGCGCAUGCUAGACGACCCGACACUCGACGCACGGCUCACCUUCAUCAGGAGACAGAGCGGGCUCGACCCGCGCGCGGCGUUGUUCGUCCUCAGUCCCGUCUCCCAGGCCGAAAUCGGCGACUUCGUGCGCAGCCUGCAAGAAGCGCUGUAUGAACCCGCGCUGGAGUACUACACGAACCACUCGAAGCGUGUGCGGCGAAAACGCAACCGCCACUCGCAGGCGAGCGUGUACCAGAUGCCCAUCUCGCCACUCGCGAGCGCAGGCAUCGCGCGGCCGCUGCGCCCUGAGGGGUGGACCGUUCGGUACGAGUACAAAAUGGCGUGCUUUGCGGAGUUCCGCGGGGAGGAUCAGGUCGCGCUCAAGCACUACCAGGACGCGUAUUCGACGCUCAUCAUCAUGUUCGGCUCGACUGCGAUCCUGCCCCCGCGCACGAAGCGCUGGGCAGAGGCUAAGGUACUUGCGGACUGCAUCACCGUGAAGAUCGUCAAAUUGUAUCUGUAUAAUAAUGAACACGCGCUCGCGCUCUCACACCAGAACGGUCAUAUGCGCAAGUUCGCAGACUUUUCCCGGGGAUGGGGCAUCGGCGAGGAGACAUUCGAGUUCUGGAGCUGGCUCGCGCGACAACACCGCGUUUUUGCCGAGCUCCUCGAGCAAGGCACUCGUUCAACGCUCAAGAUACCUUCCGCUUACCCACCUCCUGCGCCCUCCGCUGCCGCCAUGGCGGCGCAGGUGCUUGAAGCGACGCAGAUGGGCUUGGACACGAUGCGAGUGCUCGGUCUGAACCCGAACCAGGCACUUCAGCACCCGGGGUUUUACUACUACAUGGCCGCAAGGUGCACAGAGAGGCGGAGAGAGCGGUUCUUGUCUGCGUUGGAAAGCGAUGGAGAGCCACAGCAGUCAAACGCGCCUGGGUUCGUGAACGAGAAGAAGGUGGACCAUCUAACGAUUGCCCUCGAGCUGUACACGCGCGCAUAUGAACUAUUCAAGAAGUGGAGCCCCCAGCAGGGCAACAACCCCGGGCGUCUGACGCUGUGGAUUGCGUACCGCAUUGCACAGACGUACCACGAUUCCGGCAAGUUCGAUAUGGCCGUCCGUUUCUUCGAGCGCAUUGCGCGGACAUACCGUCGUGAGAGCUGGCAGUCGCUCUUGCACCCGCUGCUCUCGCAGUGGUACAAGUGCGCACAGCAGCUGGGUGACGUUGACCUGAGCGUCCGGCUGCUCGUCGAGAUGCUCGCCUAUGGCACCAACGCGUCUCCGGAGGACCCCGACGCACUGCAGGACGAUCUGCUAGCCGUCCUGCAGAGCACUGUGCCCUCAGCGACGGAUGAGCCACUUGUUAUCGAUCUGUCCGAGUCCAAAUCUCUCUUGAGCACCUCGGUCGUUUUCUGGGAACCCGAGGUCGACGUUGGGGUGCUCGCCCCAGUCCAGAUCCACCUUUCCUCCCUUCCUCACGUCUCCCUCUCCUCCGUUUCCUUCACCUCCCUGGCGAUUCACUUCAAUAGCGACGUCCCCUCGGUCAUUGUCAAGCAUGUACAGGCCGAUCCAGACGCCAAGGUCCCUUCGGUGCAGAGGGUUGACAUAGGUGAGAUAAACGUAUCUCCAGCGCCGGCGGAGCCGCAAGAGGUCGUGAGCGUGUUGCGAUGGGGUCCUGGCUCGACCAUCGUCUUGGCUGGGAGCGUCGCUUCCGACCUUCCUAUGCACCUUUCGGUCUCGAAGCUUGUGCUCACCAUCAAGGAACGCAGCUGGUGGAUCGAAGUGCCCAUCGUCCCCGAAGCCUCACGUCCUGAUGACUCUUUGAUCGCACCUAAGUGGUUAUGUACUGUCGACCCUCCGCAAUAUGUGCCAAUGCGGCGAGAAGAUCAUACGGCGGUGCGCGUGCGAUACCGCAGUCACCGUAUACACGUCUCGAUCUCGCACAAUGGGCCCGCAUACAUUGGCGAAGAGUUCCCACUGGAGAUCAACGUGACAAAUAGCGAUGAUAGGGAGCUUGACGUUACGGUCGACGUCCUGCUACAGCCUACGGAGAUAGAUGAAGCAGUCAACUACAUCGCCAUGGAUGACCAGCGUUCGACAAGUCUCAUCAAAAACAUCUCCUGCGGGUCUCUCGCCCCUGGGACGAGCAUCUUGAAGAAGCUCGUCCUCACCAACACCGGCGGCGCGGGCGAACGCGUGAUCGACAUCUCCGUCCAGUCCGAGUCGCACGCUUCUAAUACUGUCGCCUCGACGCCUACUUCCCCGACUACACCUACCACGCCUAGCCAUCCCCCACUAGUCGACCGGACGGAGACGUUGCGCACUAUCGCUGUGGAAGCUAUCCACCCGAUUAAGGUGACGCAUCAGGCGACUUACAGGCGGCCGACACGGGCGCAACCUGGGCUUGCCGACUUGGAGACGUUUGAAGGGGGAAAGAAGGACGAGGCGAGCGCGGUGGAGGCGAUUGUGACUAGCACGCUGACCGUCGUGGCGCCAGCGGGGAUCGAGAUUGAGAGUGUUCUACUUUCACGGAAGAACAUCGACGACGCGACUAUCGUGGAUUGCUCGGCUGAUACGGAUGACUUUAACCCUCGUCCAGAAUGGCUCUCCGGAGACGAACUGUGCAGUCGUUGCAGAAUAAGCGUAGUCCCGGACGAGGACGAACCAGACCGGGCCAUCUCAGGCGCAGGCGAAUAUGAAGUUCGCUGGCGGAGAGUUUCCUUCGAUGGUGCUCACGGCGCGCUCGCCACGACAACCUUUCCCCUGCCGUCCCUUCACCCGCCCUCCGAUGGCCUCGUCGCCCUCCUCGACGCUCCGACAACCGCGCAUUUGCACCAACCCAUUCCGCUCCGAUUAACGGUCCGCAAUCGCCAUCCAUCUCGCUCUGCAAAUGUGACCGUACGGCUCGAGCCAGACGCGGCGACGGACGCGUUCAUCGUUUCCGGGCUCCGGCACGGCCGCAUGCCGAUUCUCUUACCUGGGGCAGAGGAGAACAUCACUUGGAACCUGAUACCGGUCGAGUGCGGGCUGGUGAGGGUACCGAGUAUUAAGGUCCUUGAUAGAAGGAGCGCGGUCCAGAUCUCGCAACAGACCGAACAAGGGAUCGCCGGGCAGGGGCCUCCGGUUCAGGAGGGCGACGAGGUGAGGAUCGUUGAUGUGAGGUGGGAGGCAAGACGGGAGGCAGAAGAAGAUGGGGUCGGGAAGGGGGCGUUGCCGGCAGUGAAGACAUUCAAGGCGAACGAUGUUUUCGUACUUGUGCUACCUUGA